AUUGCUUGCAAGAAUAAACAUUGUAAUUAAUAUUUUUCCAAUCUGCGUUACCCACUCCAGUCAGCAGAUGGCGAUUUGAGUCUUUCAGGGGAUGCUGCUUGCGUGACGUAUAAUCUAGUGGACGGAACUGGAGGCUUCUUCAACAGCGACAAAAGGCUUCUGAUUCAACCAACGUGGUGAUUUGCUAGCGAACCUAAAACCGAAACAUUGAAGCGCUUUAGACCAAUCUUGUCUAUUUUACUCUUAGUGUUUGGAAUAUAAUUCUGUUUACUUAUCUACUAGUUCAUUUAAACGUAAUUUGCUUGUUAAAUUAGCAAAUGUGUUAAAUUGAUAAUGCACUAGGCUAAUCGACCGGAGCAUGAGUUCACUAAGCUCGACGGAGAAAGAAGCUCUGAUGAAAGGAGAGGAAGAAGCUUUCAGGAUGAAAAAGGAGGAAGAGGAGGCUAUCACAUUGAAAGAGGAAGAGGAUGAUAUUACAGUGAAAGAGGAAGAUGGGAAAGAGGUUGUCAGAAUGGAAGAGGAGGAGGUAGAAGCUUUCAGAAUCAAAAAGGAGGAAGAUGCCGUAAUAUUGAAAGAAGAGAAUGUAGUGAAAGAAGAGCAAGAACCUUUUAGAGUAAAAGAGGAAGAGGAGGCUAUCUCAAUAAAAGAGGAGGAAGACGUUUUGGGAGUGAAAAAGGAGGAGGCUGAAGAUCAGAUUACAAACAGAGAGAGACGUGACUAUCGUGGAUCCUCUGGGGAGCCUCAACAACAUCCUGAUGCUGACAAGUCAGAGAAGAGUCUCUCCAGAUCAGAACACCAGAUGGACAAUGCUAGCCCUUCCUCCCUCCCGGAGUCCCCGUGUCAUGCCUCUCCUGGUAGCGCCUUACUGCUGGGUAUGAAGAGGUUGUCUGUGCUGCUGGUGGACUGCAGGAAAACAACGGGGCUGAGUGGAACUGUGGGAGGAGGAGAAGAGAAGAAAGGAUCAGAUUUGACUCAUCAAAGAGAGAGACACGACUAUUGUGGAUCCUCUGGGGAGCCUCAACAACAUCCUGAUGCUGACGAGGCAGAGAAGAGUCUCUCCAGAUCAGAACACCAGAUGGACAACGCUGGCCCUUCCUCCCUCCCGGAGUCAACGUGUCAUGCCUCUCCCGGUAGCGCCUUACUGCUGGGUAUGAAGAGGUUGUCUGUGCUGCUGGUGGACUGCAGGAAAACAACGGGGCUGAGUGGAACUGUGAGAGGAGGAGAAGAGAAGAAAGGAUCAGAUUUAACUCAUCAAAGAGGAAAACCAAACUUGGACGAACUAAAGACGUCCAAACCAGCAAGUCGACACCUCUGCUCCCAGUGUGGCAAAUGUUUUAACCGGUUAGGGGCCCUGAAACAACAUGAGAGAAUACACACAGGGGAGAAGCCUUACCACUGCUCCCAGUGUGGCAAGAGUUUUAAUCACUUUGAAAACAUGAAAGCCCAUGAGCGAAUACACACAGGGGAGAAGCCUUACCACUGCUCCCGGUGUGGCAAGUGUUUUAACGGUAUAGGGGCCCUGAAACAACAUGAGAUAAUACACACAGGGGAGAAGCUUUACCACUGCUCCCAGUGUGAAAAAAGUUUUCGCCGGAAAAGUUACUUGGAAACACAUGAGAGAAUACACACAGGGGAGAAGCCUUACCACUGCUCCCGGUGUGGCAAGUGUUUUAACGGUUUAGGGGCACUGAAACGACACGAGGGAAUACACACAGGGGAGAAACCCUACCACUGCUCCCAGUGUGGCAGGUGUUUUAGCCUGUUAUGGGCCCUGAAACAACAUGAGAUAAUACACACAGGGGAGAAGCUUUACCAAUGCUCCAAGUGUGAGAAAAGUUUUCAACGGAAAAGCUACUUGAAAAGACAUGAGAUAAUACACACAGGGGAGAAGCCUUUCCACUGCUCCCAGUGUGGCAAGUGUUUUAACCGUUUAUGUGCCCUGAAACAACACGAGAGAAUACACACAGAGGAGAAGCCUUACCACUGCUCCCAGUGUGGCAGGUGUUUUAACCUGUUAGGGGCCCUGAAACGACAUGAGAGAAUACACACAGGAGAGAAGCCUUACAAAUGCUCAGACUGUGGGAAGACGUAUUACUCAUCACAGUCACUUAAAAGACAUGUGAGAAUCCAUAGAUGAGAGAAUACUUGUGUGAAUAUCAUCAGAGAACAUACACUGUGCUCCCAUUGUCUUAUGUUGUUGACUGAGAAUGUGUUUACUUGUUUGUACCAUAUGAAAUGAAAUAGUACAAAGUAUACUCAAACAUAUAUUUUUAUGUUAUUAUUAGAAAACAUGAAGUGAAUAUGGAGUAUGUCAGUUUGAAUAUAGAGUAGGUCAGAUUGCAUGGGUUUAAAUGGUCUUUUUUUAAACUCUGUGUGUUUAUCUGGGUGUCCUUCCUCCAGCACUACAGAUAAUCAAGUGAUAUUUGGAUGUGAUGCAUUUGUUCCAUUGUUUACAUUUGCAUUGUUGGUCCACUGAUGAUUUAAUUAAAUGAAAAUGUUCACAGAGUCUGUAAUGCAAAAUGUUAAUUGUAGGUGUCCACAUAUCUGCGUAUGUGACUAACCUUGUGAAACUGUCCUAUUAUAAUCUCCUGGUCCUGGGAGUAUCAUCCUGUGUUGCAAACCAGCUGCACCUGCGUCCUUGUAUGAAUAAAGUCCCUCCCAGGAACAGGAAACUAUAAAGAUAUGUGCUCAUCACCCAAUGCUUCAGGAAUUCAGACUGUCUACACUGCGCUGUGUAACUGUUAUUCUCUCUGAGCUCAGAAAUAAAGAAUCUUGGUUUGA